CCGGAUCGCGGCGCACAUUCCGUUUCGGUCCACACACAUCGCGCGCACAUGUUAACAGCACGAUUCAAUCGGAGAUUUUUGUGUGAAAAAUUCUAAAAUUUUAUCGGAUCAAGGCUUUGUGUUCGUUUCGGUUUGUUCUGAAGUGAUAGUGUGAAUUAAGUGCGAGCGAAAUGUCGAUCAAAGAAUCGAAAAAGCACGGUAAAAAGCGGGAUUCCAGUGGGGGUAGUAAGGAGACGAAACCAGCGAAAGAAGGGGCCACCACCGCAACCAAGAAGAAAAUAGUGUUCGGAGAGGAUGGCCAACAGAAGGAAGUUCCCGUGGCUGAGGUAGUAGGAGCGGGUGAUCAGAACAAUGAGAGUGGCGGAAAGAAGGGAAAGAAACAUCACAAGAAACAGCCGAAGGAUGUGCGGGAGGAGAACGAGGUGGACACGGUGGAGCGCCGUUGGUACGAGCACUUUGAUGGGUACAACACGGUGGGCGAGCUAGUGGAGUUGAAGGAUGCGGAGAUCGCCGAGCUGAGGAAGCUUUGUCGAUUGGCUUUCGAGGCGGAAAGCCGGACGCUGAUGAAGAACAACCCAUCGGAUGCCAAGUGGUUGCUGACGGCGCUAGAGAAGGGUACCUCACGGGAUAGAGCCAAUGCGGGAGCGUUGUUGGUUCAGAGCAAUCCGUUGUGCAAUCUGCAGGCGCUGGAAACGGUGGUGGCCAUGGUCAAGCUUUCCAACAAGGGUCACUUGGAUGUGGUGGAGGUGUUGUCGGAGCUGAUGCUGAAUUCGGUGAUGCCAGCGGACAGGAAGUUGGUUUCUAUCCCGUUGAGGGGAGCCGAUUGGAAGAACGUGAAGAAGCAGGAACUGGAGAAGGGAUUGAGGGACAAGAUCUUCGCUUAUUGGCAUUUUGAGGAUGCGUUAAGAGACGUGUACUUUACGUUUCUGAACAAUCUGUCUGCGGUGAUCCAAACUGGCCAGGAUAACAGUAAAUUGAAGGUGAUCCAGUACGCUUCCAAGCUAUUUACGAUGAUUCCGGAGAAGGAAGCCUACCUGCUGUCGAUGUUGGUCAACAAGCUGGGAGACCCUAGCAAGAAAGUGGCCGUCAAAGCAUUGUACCAUUUGACGGAAGUUGUGAAGAAGCAUUCGGCCAUGUGCCCAGUUAUUGUCACAGAAACGGAAAAAUUGCUUUUCCGGAACAAUAUUUCCUCGAGUGCGCAGCAUUACGCCCUAUCCUUCCUGGCCGCAAUCAGCAACUUCGGAGAUUUUACAUCCUGCGAGAAGAUGAUCAACAUUUGCUUCUCGUUCUUCAAGAUCCUCACCGACAAAGGCGAGGUGAACUGCCGGACGAUGCAGGCCAUCUUGGCGUGCCUUCGUAAAGCCAUCGGAAACAUCAAAAAGGAUGUCGAUAUCGCAAACUUUGUUAAACCGGAAGUGCUCAACACGGUCUACCGAAUGAUCCAUUUGGCAGAUAUAUCGAUCGCCUGUCAAGGGCUCUCCCUGCUCCUGGAAAUCACCGAAUCCAAAGGAGUUGAGCAGAACCGCUUCUACAACGCCCUCUACAAGAAAUUACUCGAUCCGCAGUUGGGAACCGUUGGUCCCCGUAUCUCCAAUAUAUUCUUCUAUAUCAUUCACCGGGCCAUCCAGAACGAUCCCAUCCCCGACCGAGCGCAGGCCUUCAUCAAACGGCUGCUCCAAGUUGCCUUCAAUUUCCCCCCAUCCAAAGUCUGCGGUGUGUUAAUCAUCGUCAGCAAGGUCCUCCGCAAGCGGAGGCACCUCCAUACGGACGGCCUAACCCCGGAGGAAAACGGAGAACUUCCCGAACAGCAGCUUCAGGCACAAGAAAGCCCGGAUGAACAGCAUGACGACGACGGUGAUGAGGAAGAUCAGAAGAAGCUCUCGAAGGAAAGCAAUCGACGUGUGACGCAGUACGAUCCGUUCCAUCGGGCUGCAGAGUACGCCGGCGCAAAGUACACGAUCAAGUACGAGCUGACGCGGUACCUGGAGUACUUCCAUCCGACGGUGAAGUCGUUCACCCAGAGCAUCCUAACGAAUUCCCCACUCAGCUACUACGGUGACCCGCUGCGGGACUUUUCGCUGGGCCACUUCCUGGACCGGUUCGCUUUCAAGAAUCCCAAAAAGCCCAAAACCGAGGAGAACGCCGAAGGCGAACAGGUACCGAAGAAGAAAAUUCUUGGCGUGGCCCAACGGAAAGGCGACUACGUUCCGAGUGGAUCCCGUGGGCUUCCGGUGCACUCGCUCACCAAGGACCACUGCACCGAGGACGAGCGAUACAUCUUCCAAUUCCUGGAGCAGAAGCGAGAACGGUUGCGUGAGGCCAAGGAGAAGGACAAGGCCCGGAAGGCCGAAAAGGGAAUCGAAGACAAGGAUGACGAUCUGUCCGAUGCGGAAUCGUUGGACGACGAUGAGUUUGAUUCGUAUCUGGACCGGCUGGGAGUGCCGGGUGGAGAUGACGCCGGUGCCGAUUUGGAUCCGGAGGUGGACUUCAUGAACGAGUUCGAGCAAGAUUUGGCCAAGAAGGCCGAUAAAAAGAAGAAGAAACGUGCCGCUGGCGAGGAUGAAGAUGAAGACGAGUUUGGCGGAGGGAUGAAGGCCAGGAUAUCGAUGAGGAUGACGAGGAUGAGGGUGGUUUGGACGACGAUGAGGAGCUUGAUGACGGCGAGGAUGACCUCAGUGAUGGUGGAAGCAUCUCGCUGGAUGAGGGCGACAUGGACGACGACGGAUCUGGAGGAUGAAGAAGAUGACGAGGAGGAUGAGGAUGAUGAAGAAGACGCACCAAAGUCCAAGAAGAAACGAAAGGAGGGGGCUGUGAGCGAACGGGAGUUCCAAAAGAAGCUCAAGACGGGAGACUUCAAUUCCCUGUUUGCCGCGGCGGAUGAUUUCUCGGAAAUGCUGGAGACGAAUGUGGGAUUGAAGGAUAGUAAGUCGCAUGGAACACUGGGUGAAAUCUUCAACAAGGAUAAUGCCCCUUCAAAGCAGAUGGAAUGGGAACAGGCGCGGUUCAGUGGUAAAAAUCGGAUGCAGAGUGGCGGCAAAAAGCGGUUCAUCAGCAAAAAGCACGGCUCUUCGUCCGGUGGCAUGGGGGGAGGCGGUGGCAACAGGAAGUUCACAGGAGGUAAGGUGGAAAAGAGACAUCCGAAGAAGUCGUUUGGAAAAGGAAACAAAGGCGGCGGAAAGGUUGGAGGUAAGCGACGAAAAUAGAUUCUUUAAAGAUUAAUGUGUACCAACGUAAGUACUGGUAUAUGCCUAGUUGUUAACCAUAAAUGAUGUUCUUGAGUACA